AUGAACGUCUUCCGACCACUGGCCAGGUUGGCCGUUCGCCCUUCCUCUAUCCUGUCGUCAACAUCUACUCGCGCCAUCUCUUCAACACCACUUCCCGCAGCACCUGUAACAUCCAGGCGAGGCGGAUCACUCGAACUCGGCGACUGGAUCGGUCGUCUCGGUGACAGAUCCAGCGGUCCUCCAGGUGUCGACAUCGACGUCGGUCCUCCCCAACCGCAUCGUAUGCACGUCUAUGCGACAAAGCACAACACCCACAUCACCUUCACCCAACCUCCGAAAAAGGACCCCGCAAACCCUGGCAAACAAGUCGACGUUCUCAUGUCGCUCUCUGCCGGCAACAUUGGUUUCAAGAAGGCCGGUCGUGGCAGUUAUGAUGCUGGCUACCAACUCGCUGCUUUCGUCCUGAAGCAAAUCCAAGAACGUGGUCUUCUACGCGAUCUGCACAGUCUAGAGGUUGUGCUGCGUGGUUUCGGAAAGGGAAGAGAGGCUGUCACAAAGGCUCUGCUGGGUUCAGAGGGCUAUUUGGUCAGGAAUAAGAUCAGCUCCGUCAAGGAUGCUACCAGACUGAAGUUUGGUGGUUCGAGAAGUCCCAAGCCCAGAAGAUUGGGUUGA